GCUGACAGUGUGGGUCUGGCCUCCCCUGGUCCUGGGUGCGAAUCCAGCGCCUUCCUGGCUGUGACUGGCAGGUAGCUUCCGUCUGGCAGGGCAGGCUCGGGGCAGGGGGCCGCGUGGGGUCUCCGCGGAGGCCGUGGCGAUGUCGUACUUCGGCGAGCAUUUUUGGGGCGAGAAGAACCAGGGCUUCGAGGUCCUGUACCAGGGCGUGAAGCAGGGGCCUGCGUCCACCAAGGAGCUGGCCGACUUCAUCCGCGAGAGGGCCACCAUCGAGGAGACCUACUCGAAGGCCAUGGCAAAGCUUUCCAAGCUAGCCAGCAACGGGUCGCCCAUGGGGACCUUCGGGCCGCUCUGGGAGGUGUUCCGCGUGUCCUCCGACAAGCUGGCCCUGUGCCAUCUGGAGCUGACGCGCAAGCUGCAGGACCUCACCAAGGACGUGCUGCACUACGGCGAGGAGCAGCUGCGCACGCACAAGAAGUGCAAGGAGGAGGCGCUGGGCACCCUGGACGCCGUGCAGGUGCUGGCCGGCGUCAGCCAGCUGCUGCCCAAAGCCCGGGAGAACUACCUGAGCCGCUGCAUGGACCAGGAGCGCCUGCGCAGGGAGAGCGGCAGCCAGAGGGAGGUGGACAAGGCAGAAACGAAAACCAAGAAGGCGGCCGAGGGCCUGCGGCGCUCCGUGGAGAAGUACAACACAGCGCGGGCCGACUUCGAGCGGAAGAUGGCAGAGUCGGCACUGCGGUUCCAAGCCAUGGAGGAGACGCACCUGCGGCACAUGAAGACGUUGCUGGGCUCCUACGCACACGCGGUGGAGGACACGCACGUGCAGAUCGGGCAGGUGCACGAGGAGUUCAAGCAGAACGUGGAGAACGUGAGCGUGGAGACGCUGCUGCGCAAGUUCGCGGAGAGCCGGGGCACGGGCCGGGAGCGGCCGGGGGCGCUGGACUUUGAGGCCUACAGCGCGGCCGCCCUGCAGGAAGCAAUGAAGCGCCUGCGCGGAGCCAAGGCCUUCCGCCUUCCGGGACUCAGCCGGCGGGAGCGGGAGACGCGCGCGGCCGUAGACUCCCUGGAGCCGGACUCUGGGACCUGUCCCGAGGUGGACGAAGAGGGUUUCACCGUCCGGCCUGACCUGACCCAGAGCAGCGCGGGCGAGCCGGCCCGCUCCUCAUCCAGCGACUCGGACUUCGACGACGAGGAGCCGCGCAAGUUCUGCGUGCACAUCCGACCCGCUGCGGCCCGCGCGCCCCCCUGCAGCCCAGCGGCCGCGGCGGCGCAACUCCGGGCCACGGCCGGCGGCCUCAUCCUCCCCCCAGGGCCAGCGGGCACCAUGAGGCGCCCCCCUGCGCGCGACGCUGCCGCAAAGCCCCAGAGGCCGCGGUCCGCCCCGCGGAGCAGCAGCUGUGCCGAGAAGCCACCCGCUGAUGAGCAGGUGCCCAAGAGCUUGUUCGGGCCGCCGCUGGAGUCGGCCUUUGACCAUGAAGAUUUUACAGGCUCCAGCGGCCUGGGCCUCACAUCCAGCCCCUCCCCCUUCUCCUCUUCGUCCCCGGAGAACGUGGAGGACUCGGGCCUGGACUCCCCGCCCCCCGCGGCUACGGGGCCCUCCCCGGAGUCCUGGGUCCCCCGCCCGGGCACCCCGCAGAGCCCGCCCACCUGCAGGGUGCCGCCCCCGGACUCGCCCCAGCACCACGCCCCUUGCUCAGGGCCCUGGGGGCCCGAGCCUGGGUCCGCAGACCUGACACCCGCACCUGCCGAGGGCACCGCUCGGAGGUCCCGCAAGAAGGCGCCCCACCCCCUCGCUCGCAGCAAUGGAGACCUGUCUCGCUCCCUGAGCCCCUCCCCGCUGGGCCCUGCAGCUGAGCGGCCUGGAGUCUCCCACCCGGGGCACGGCGUCUCCCGCGGCCCGAGCCCCGUGGUCCUGGGCUCCCACGACGCGCUGCCCGUGGCCACAGCGUUCACCGAGUACGUGCACGCCUGCUUCGGCGGCCCCAGCCCCAGCUGCCUGGCGCGAGUGACCGGCGAGCUGACCAUGACCUUCCCCGCGGGCAUCGUGCGCGUGUUCAGCGGGACCCCGCCCCCGCCUGUGCUCAGCUUCCGGCUCACCCACGCCGCCUGCAUCGAGCACUUCCAGCCCAACGCAGAGCUGCUGUUCAGCGACCCUUCCCAGAGCGACCCCGAGACCAAAGACUUCUGGCUGAACAUGGCGGCGCUGACGGAGGCCCUGCAGCGCCAGGCGGAGCAGAACCCCGCGGCCUCUUAUCACAACCUGGUGCUGCUGCGGUACCAGUUCUCCCGGCCCGGGCCCCAGUGCUCGCCCCUGCACCUGAGCGCCCAGUGGCAGUGCGGGGCGACACUCACGCAGGUCUCCGUGGAGUACGGCUACCGGCCGGGCGCCACAGCCGUGCCCACGCCGCUCACCAACGUCCAGAUCCUGCUGCCGGUGGCCGAGCCGGUGACCGGCGUCCGCCUGCAGCCGGCCGCCACCUGGAACCUGGACGAGAAGCGGCUCGUGUGGAAGCUUCCAGACGUGUCCGAGGCGGGGGGCUCGGGCCGCCUGUCCGCCAGCUGGGAGCCGCUGUCAGGGCCCAGCACGCCCAGCCCCGUGGCCGCACAGUUCACCAGCGAGGGGGCCACGUUGUCCGGAGUGGACGUGGAACUGGUGGGCAGCGGCUACCGCAUGUCACUCAUCAAGAGAAGAUUCGCCACAGGGAUGUACGUGGUCAGUUCCUGAGCCCACAAGACCUCGGCUGCCGCCGCCCGCACUGCGUCCUGGUGCUCGCCGCCCGCCC